AUGAGUCAGCAACCAGGCAGCCAGGGUUCGCCCAAACUUUGGCAGUCUGCCUUUCGUGCGCCGUCUGCUCGUCCCUCCCCUUCUCGUUCCCACUCUCGCACGACGGGUAGAGGGGACAGCAACACUCGCAAGGGUACACCUGAAGACCGUGCUCUCAAUCAGAUUCAACUCGAAGCAGACAACGCUUCUCAGUGCCCAGUCCCAGCUCAACUUGGGGCGGCCGACCGUAGCGCUGGCCGUAAGAAAUCUAAGGGCCCAGUCUUAGAUACUCCUGAUCGCAAGGUCGAGGAGGACAAGGCCACAGAGGAGCAACAUCAGCUCACCUAUCCAGCUGUGGUCCACAAGGCCUUCGGCAGCUUGGUCUCGGCUCCGGGUUUUCCAUACGUUCGCGACAUCGAUCUGCUAGUCGAGGAUUUCACGGAGGAGGAUUGGGAGCAGCUACAGGCAGCGAUCAAGGAGGAGCAUUCGGACUUAUUGUUUGUCAAGUACUAUUAUGACCAAGCAGCACACACUCUCAGCAUGACCACGCCGUCCUUCCUUCACGAGGCCCUGGUAAACGCAUUCAUCGACCUGAUCAGGAUCCAGACGGGCAUCUAUAUGCCACCCCGCUUCUUGCAACGAUUCUUCAUGGCGGUCUUACAAACGGCAUCCAAUCACCCAGUCCCUGGCGAGGUCAAACAACUCACCGUUCCAGACUCCGUCAUAAGCCUAGCGACGACGGUCGGAAAGUACCCGAUGGGCUUAUUAGAGGCGUCGAAGUCUCAGCAUUUCAGGAAGGCUUUGCGUAAGCUCUACUACGCCGCAAAACGACACCUCAGCGGCCAAGGAGACAUCCGGAUGUCCUUCCUGUGCUGCCUCAAUGCUGAAGAGUACCCGAUCUACGGGGCCCCCACCGACAAAAGCUUGAAAGUACAGGAACGCGACCUGGUAUACGACGACCAGCGGUACGCGCAGGAGCACUCACUGCACAACGAGGUCAUAUCCGGCGUAGGGCCUUGGAGCGCGGGAGGUCACGUAUUCUGUGGGGCGAUAGAGCUGGCCUGGUUCAACGUGGACGUACAGAACACCACGCAGAUGGCUCUGUUGAAGAGGGGCAUCGAUGAGCGUUGGUCCAUGUCCAAGUUCAUCAAGAAGGGUAUAGCCAUCCCCAUCAAGCGAGAAUACAACACCGCCCGGCUUCGAGAACAACGCAUCACGUUCCUCGAAGGCUUUCGCGAGGUCCUCGACAAACUGGUUUGCUCGAUGGCGGAGGUGAUGAUGCUCGAUCAGGCCAAAGAUUUGUGGUGGCCGGCUGUACACGAAGCGUCUGAAGCAGAUCAAACCUACUUCAAAGACGUGUUCUGGCCCAGGUUGACGAAGACAUCGAUUACACUCGAGGACGUCGAGGGUUUCAUCGACAACUUGAUUGAUCACGCUCGAGAGGGUGCGCGUGAGACGGCUCUAUACCGUCUCAACGCGUACAAUGACGAAGUCAUUCCGCUGGAUGGCCGUACGUACGUGGCCGGCAACAAACCGGAUCCCUUCCCCACGCGCUUCGCCGUGUCCAUGAAGGGUCUGACCAUGGGGUUGGCCUUGGAAGACAGUCUAAACCGCUAUAAUCGGAAGCGUGCGCAGAACGCGCUCUCUGCGGCGGGCCACCGGGAGAAAAGCGUUGGAGGCACUGCUAGAAAGGGCCCUCGGCGCCCGCGUGCUAAAGUGGUUGCACCUCGCGGUGACGGGGGCUCAGGCUCGACUGCGCGCAUGGCUGACGAUGAUGAGGAGCGCGGUGAAGGGAGCUCGGCUGUGUACAUGGACACGGCAGACGAGGAGCCCGGAGACUAG